AUGUCAAAGCCUACUGGUGAUCUGGCUUGUCAUUCUGCCCGGGGAGGGGAGUGGCAGACUGGAGAAGCAGGACUUUAAAAGAUACUGAGGAAGUGAACCUGCGAUGCCACUGUGAAGCAGCCUUCAGCUAAAGCCAAUUACUUACCCAGCCACCUAGAGAUUACAAGGAAGAGCACCUUGAGGUGAAACAAAGGAGAGAUGAGGAGGAUGGCAAUGAAAAGACUUUGGCUGUUCGUUUUCCAUGAAAUUCUGGUGACUGCUUAUGCCCUCACUGUGGAAGCACCUGCCAAGGAAAUACAGGUGGCACGAGGGAACAACGUUACUCUCCGCUGUCAUUUUAAAACUGAGGCUCCUAUUGCCUCAGGAGAUGUUGUUGUCUGGACGAAAAUCAAUAGUGCGGAUGAUGCUGUCACUAGGUAUUUUGAUGGACUUGUACAGUAUGGCAAGGGCUAUGAAAACCGUAUACAGUUUAGUGGUGAUGUAAACAAAGGGGACAUCAGUAUCACCAUCAAUGCAGUGACCAUGGAAGACAAUGGGACAUAUGCGUGCACCGUUCGUCUACGGAAUGACCCCCCCAGGCAGACUGCAACCUUGGCUCUUUUAGUCCUUGUUGCACCAUCCAAUCCAGAAUGCAAGAUUUUGGGGACAGCAGAAUAUGGACAGACAAUCAAUCUGACCUGCAUUUCUCAUGAGGGCUCCCCAAAGCCCAGAUAUACCUGGCAAAGCUUCAAUGUACAAAAUGAGCCCCGUGUACUACAAACAACAGAAGGGGAACAAAUAACUCUGAAGAACAUCUCGGCGGAUACCUCUGGCUUUUACAUCUGCACUUCAACAAACGUUGUGGGAAAGGAAUUCUGCAACAUGACAGUCAGUGUUGUGCCACCAUCCAUGAACAUAGCUCUUUACGCUGGCAUCAUUGGUGGAGCUGUUGCUGCAAUUAUAGUUAUUGGUAUUUUAGCCUAUUGCUGCUGCUGUCGGGCGGACAAGGACAAGGACUAUGAGAUGACGGAGCGAGAAGAUAGAAAUGAACCCUUCAAGGAGACACCUACAAGGAAUCAGAGAGCAGAGGAUGAUGUUGAAGAUGAAUGA